GAGUGCAAUGGAGGUGGUGGGGAGGGAGAGAGGAGAGGCGCAAGGUGCUGCUCCAUUGUUCCCUCCAUGCUGGCCCGUGUGUGCUGCUGUCACGUUCAUCCCUUCGAGAGUUUCCCUUUAUUUUUAACCUUAGCCCCGCCGGAGAGUCUUCAAACGAGAGCUGAGUGCCGGGAGGGCUGUGCAAGGUCAGCGUCAUGGCAUCGCAGGGGUACAGUGCGGACGAGUCAAGUGCCGACCGCAAUGUAGAGAUCUGGAAAAUCAAAAAGCUAAUCAAGAGCCUGGAGAUGGCUAGAGGGAAUGGCACGUCCAUGAUCUCCCUCAUCAUCCCUCCAAAAGACCAGAUCGCCAGAGUCAGCAAGAUGUUGGCAGAUGAGUUCGGCACGGCGUCCAACAUCAAGUCCCGAGUCAACAGACUGUCUGUGUUGUCAGCCAUCACUUCUGUACAGCAGAGACUUAAACUCUACACAAAAGUUCCGCCCAAUGGCUUGGUGAUCUACUGCGGCACCAUCGUCACAGAGGAAGGCAAGGAGAAGAAAGUCAACAUCGACUUCGAACCCUUCAAGCCAAUCAACACAUCACUCUACUUAUGUGACAAUAAGUUCCAUACAGAGGCACUUUCGGCGCUCUUGGCGGAUGACAACAAAUUCGGCUUCAUUGUGAUGGACGGUAACGGCGCGCUCUUUGGCACCCUCCAGGGUAACACGCGAGAGGUUCUACACAAGUUCAAUGUUGACUUGCCCAAGAAACACGGCCGUGGUGGUCAGUCUGCCCUUCGAUUUGCUCGUUUGCGCAUGGAGAAACGUCACAACUAUGUCAGAAAGGUUGCAGAGACAGCAGUGCAACUUUUCAUCUCCAACGACAAGCCCAACAUUGCUGGUUUAGUCCUAGCAGGUUCAGCUGACUUCAAGACUGAGCUCUCCCAGUCAGACAUGUUUGACCCAAGAUUACAAGGUAAAGUGAUAAAGCUAGUUGAUGUGUCUUAUGGUGGCGAGAAUGGCUUCAAUCAGGCCAUUGAGCUAGCGGCGGAGUCCCUAGCCAAUGUCAAAUUCAUCCAGGAGAAGAAACUUAUCGCCAAGUACUUCGAAGAGAUCAGCCAAGAUACGGGGAAGUACUGCUUCGGCGUAGUGGACACUCUCAAGGCCUUGGAGUGUGGAGCCGUGGAGAUCCUCAUCUGUUGGGAGAAUCUUGAUCUUGUCAGAUAUGUGCUCAAGAACCACCAGUCUGGAGAGGAGACCAUCCUUCACCUGACGCCUGAGCAGGAAAAGGACAAGACACACUUCACUGACAAAACAACUGGAGUUGAGCUGGAGCUGGUGGACUCUAUGCCUCUACUAGAGUGGCUGGCGAACAACUACAAGAGCUUUGGUGCCACGUUGGAAAUCAUCACUGACCGCUCCCAGGAGGGUUCCCAGUACGUCAGAGGCUUUGGAGGCAUUGGAGGCAUCUUGCGCUACAAGGUGGAUCUACAGCAACUAGCAGACCUAGAGGACGAGUUCAACGACAUUGACCUAGACGACUACAUGUAAAUAUUUGCUGUCUGGACACAGCGCCUGGCAGUCAAGGAGCACCACCACCUGGGAACCUGCCUGCCCGCCUGCCCGAGGACCCCCGACGCUGUGCUGGGGCCGCCUCCUGGGUGCUGUAUAGAUCCGGUGUUUCCUUAUCAAGAUGCAAAUUGCUCCUGAACCACUGGAGUAGUGUGGUUCUUCAUUGUUGCCUGACAAUCAGGCUUUUUCUGUUCUAUAUUAUAAAUUUUGAGUAUUAUUACCAGCAUCUAAUCCUGGGUAACAUUUUUACAAGGUGGCAUAUUGUGUGGGUGCUUGGGAGACUGCAUAUAGAUAGAGGGGAGGGAUAUCAGGGAUGGGAGGGUCAUGGAGGCAGGACAGAAAGCGUGAAAGCUUCAGUAAAAACUUAUUUGUCCGUGUCUGAGGUCAGAUUAACUCUGCUUGUUCUAAAGACAUCUCCCUUAAUCCUGUAUUGGGUAGGAGAGGUGGCUCUUAAUCACAUUCGCAAGCAGGUCAUGAAGACCACGUGGUUGUUUGACAUACAUGUUUGGCUGACGAUAACCAGUGUCACCCUUUGUGCUCCAGUAAAAUUAUUCUGAUCAUAAAGACAAUUUUUUGUGGGACACAGACAGGGUUAACUAUAGCAUUACCAAAAUUUUAGAGAAUAAUUUAGGUUUUAAUUAAAAAAAAAGUAUCAUAUUUACAAUUAUCUGAAAUUUAGUUUUAAAAUUUUCUGGAGAAUGUGUUAUAAACGUGAGUACCUGCAUUUUAUAUUAGAUUUACUGUUCAGCAUCUGUGGGAAUCAGGUGCUGAGUGUUGCUAGUAAUGGGGUGACGGCUGCCCCUGUCACACUAGCCCAUUUCUCUAAAUGCUGUAGUGAACCUUGGCCUCAGAACAAACGUUGACAGCAACAGCAAGUGCGUUAUCAUGUAUCUCAAGCAACCUCAGUCACAUUUAAUAUUUUUUAUAUAUUGAAAAGAGACCACAUUUGAAAUGAUGGAAAUACCAAGUCUGCCCCAUGACCUGACGAUUUGACACUAUAGACGUAGUGAUGAGUUUGUACAUCUGAUAAUCCAAGCAUAUUUCUUCUUUUGACACUGUGAUGAACCCUGUUGUUCCAUUGUUUGCUUCAGUUAGGUGUUACUCAUAGUUGGUUGAGGUCAGUCAUCUAUGAGGAGGUCAGUCACAUGUUGCAGCGCAAAGUAUUUCCCUGAUACUCGAGGCCGGAGGAAAGCGUAGCUGUGCAAUUCGAAGGUGUAGAGGAUGAAUGGGAACCAGAAAGGCAGUUGUUAGGGCUCUUGAAGAUGAGAAUGCGAGCCAAGUCCCUCCUGAUUGUGUAAUUACUGUACUGUGAAUUCCUGCUGGUGUGCGGGACUGUCCUACGUCUACAUAACAUUUUUUUUAUGCUCAAGAGAGCCACACAGGCUAUGGAUUUCAAGUUGAGCAGAUGUGAGCCCAAGCUGGCGAUGGGGACUGUCCGGUGUGUCCAAGGCGGCCACCGCACAGAUCUGUAGACAGUGUUUGUUGCUUGAUUCAGGAUCACAGAGUUGCCUGCCCUGUUUGAUAUACUAUAAGCCCCUAGUGUGGUUCAUUUUUGCCAAACUGUAGCAUCUUAUCUGUGCCUUAUUGGGUAUUUUUGUGUUCCUGUUCUUAUGGACAGGUAUGUAAGUAUUUGUGCAAGGAAACGAUAGAGUAGGAAGCAUCAUUGGCUCUUGUCUCGAUAAUGCAGUGUCAGCACAUUACCUCAGUUUGCACGUUAUAUAAGUGAAGCCUCCUGGAACAGUUUUGAGUUGGGGCAUCGCCAGGACCAGCGGGCACACUGUGGACUCGAGCAGAGAGAAUUUCUGUUUAUCCUCACCACUAAGGGAGAAAGUCCACAGUGCCUUUGCUAAGAACUUAACUCUGGAACUUGCUUAUAAUCUUUUUAGUUUAUUAAAGGCUUGCCUAAAUUUUUUUUCUUAUAAUGGAAAAAAGUUUAAGGCAACCUACACAAUGAAUGCUAUAUAUGGGUUAUUGGAUGAAAUAUUGUUACUAAGUUAUUACUGAAUUAAUUUUAUCACAAGCUGUUCUUUGAUAGCCAAUCAGAAUAUAUGAAGCUGAAGUUAGAUCUGAGAAGUUUUAUAAACUAAAUUAAAACCAAGAUAAAUGUUUAAAGUUUAAAUUCCUGUGAGUCAGCUUUGACUCAGGCAGUUCAUUGUUAGUAAGAGAGAAAGCAUUAUCCAUCCACGUUUAGGAAAAUUCUCACAUGACUACAUUAUGUAAAAUUGUUGGUGUAGGGUUUGUGCAUCAAUCCUUUAACCCAUCAGCUUUAUCAUUACCUAUUUCUGUAGGAUGAUUUUGACACUUUGUGAAAGUUCAUUGACUUAGAGACUUAACAGUGUAAGUGAUCUGAAAAUCAGUGAAGUCCCCCAACCCAAACAGCCGCCAGUGUAUUGUUUUUCUCUAGGGUUCUUAACACCUGUAUGGAUUGGCUAUUAAAACACUUAAGGGAAAAUAGAACUUGGUUUCAUAUCACUUCAAAAAAAGUCAGAGGUGUAAACCACACAACACUUGCAUAGACCCUCAUAGCAAUACUGACAAUCACUACAUGAAGAGAGGUUACUGAUCAGAGGAUUAAAGUUACUCUUCUCCUGAGGCAUUCUUCUUCAUAGAUUCAAUUAAAACUCAUAUUGGUUCUCUCAUUACUUUCAUAACUUUUAUAAGUUUCUUGACAGCACUGAGUACUGUGUCUUCUCUCUCCACCUGGUAUUUGUCUUAUUUAUUUAGGCACCAAACCAUUGAGCAGAGUCUUGCAACCCAGUACUGAACUAUGACUUUCAUUGAGGAACCCUGUCGAAAGAUAUUAAUGAGAACAUUUGGAAUAGUAGGUUUUAGAGAGAGGAGUACAAGGCAUAAAGGGACCUUGAAAUGUCAGUAAGGGCUGUUAACUAAUCCCAGUGGUAUGUGUGUGUGUUUGUGUGUGCAUGUGUGUUAUGACUGGUGUAGAAGGCUAAGCAUUGGCAAGACCUGAGCAAAAACUUUAGUGGUUUGUGAAUGGACAUGUGCGUGACCUGAUGAAAUCUGGAAACCAUUUGCUCAUCUUUUCUUACCAGGUCGAGCCCCACCUCUCUGAUUCAGCAAACAGGGAACAUUUGAAUGUGGAUGUCGGGUGUCAGUUGGGGAGACUCUAGGUGGCUGUUGGUGUGGCUGUGGUACUGUGAUGGAAGGAGAAGUUCCUUGCUACAGGGCUGACUCCUCUUGCUACUUCUCUGAUUGCCCUCACUGAGAUGAUGAGUGGCUGCCCAGUGCUUAGACCCACCACUUCCUGGCCACUUGAUGGGAGAAAUUGUCUCAUUGGUUUAAAUAAGGUAUGAUGUGCUGCACCAGUUUGGUGUUCAAUUGUGUGAAGCAAAAAUCUACAUGGGUUCCAAGACAUUCAAAAGAAGACAGAUUUGUGAUGCUUUGUUAUGAUGUGACUUUAUAUAGUGAUCAGUUGAUAACUCAUACUUACAUGAAUACAUACAUGCUAUAUAAAUAUAAAAAUAUAUAUAUUUUGAAAUGGGAAGGUGAGUUACCUAUGAAACCAGACAUAAUACUCCUCAUAAGUGCAUAUUAUAUCCUACAAAUACUUAAUACCAUAUGCUACCAAGUGUGUUUUCAUUGUAAAAAUUGGUGGAUAGAUUAUUGAUUAGUAAAGUUGAGUUAUUUUGUUAUAAGGGGAGGUUGAGUUGGUUGCUCAUAUGUUGCAUUCUAAUAAAUGCUUAUUCUAAUCUUUACCUCAGUUAUGUUUCGUUACCGUAUGACUGGAAGAUCUUUAUCUAAUUUAAGUAUAAUUCUUUCUGAUGAAUUGUGAGACCCUUUGACAUCAAGUACUACUGUUUUCUUUAUAGUUUUAUCAACAUGUUUACAAUUCAG